AUGAUUGUUGUGGCUGUACCUCUGUUCUUCCUGGAGGUUGCUCUUGGUCAGUUUUCCCGCAAAGGACCCAUAGGGGUGUGGGCGAUGUGUCCUCCAAUGAAAGGUAUCGGCUAUGGUAUACUUAUUCUCAGCUGUGUGAUCAUCCCGUACUACAGCAUGGUAUUUGCAUGGGCCCUCUACUACCUGUACAGCUCCUUCUCCAUCGACCUGCCUUGGGCAACUUGUGGCAAUUCAUGGAACACACCGCUGUGUGUGGCUGCUGGAGAGUCGAGACGUACCACUAAUAGUUCGGCAGAGAUUGCUAUGCUAAGUCUCAACACCACGGAAACGAUGGAUUCAAACCAAUCUGAAACAUUUACAAAUGCAUUUGGUCACACUUCAACGGAGGAGUUUUGGCAAUACAAAGUCCUUGUUAUUUCCUCGGGCAUAGAAGACAUGGGAUCGCUGCAGCCGCAUCUCGUCAUUUGCUGGUUUCUUACCUGUCUGAGCAUGUUCCUGUGUGUGAUGAAAGGUGUCAAGUCUCUUGGAAAGGUGGUGUACGUAACUGCGACGAUGCCAUAUGUCUUGUUGACUGUGCUGCUGGUCAGAUCGUGCAUGAUGCCGGGUGCUGUGGAUGGGAUUUUGUUUUACCUAACUCCAGAUUUCAUGCGUCUUCAAACUACCCAGGUGUGGUUAGAAGCAAUUCUUCAGGUUUUCUUCUCUUCGGGGCCAGCUUGGGGAUCGCUGAUUGUCAUAGCAAGCCACAACUCUCCCCACAACAAUAUUGUCAGAGAUGCUUUACUAGUUACCUUAUUAGGCGAGUUGACAAGCGUGUAUGCCGGUUUUAUUGUGUUCGCGACAGUCGGUUUCCUGGCUCACAAUCUUGAGCUACCUGUUGCUGACGUCAUCACAUCAGGUCCAGGCAUUGGAUUUGUAGUCUACCCUGAGGCAGUAUCACUUCUUCCUGUCCCCCAGCUGUGGUCGGUGCUCUUCUUCUUAGUCGUGUUGAUGAUGGGCUUCGACACCAUGGUAUACCAUUGGUUUAGGCUGUUGCUGAAUCAUGUGAACUUUUUGUGGUCUCUGGUGGUCUAUUGCUCGUAUUCUAAGUGUAUGAGAUUGAAUAAUGGUGUAUGUUGUGAUUGGAGUGAAAUACUGUCGAAGUGACGUUGAGUUAUACCUCAAUCACUCACUGAUUGCGUGUUUGCAAUUUUGAUCCUCCGUCAGUAAGUUACCACAAAGAAGCCACUAUAAUGUAAGAGACAAGUGAGAACUUGUGAGUGAGAGUUAGUUGGAUGUAAGGCCACUCUGAAGAGUAUUUCCGUCAUGACACUGCGUGUGGCACGGAAAGCCCAAAGUGAUUGGAUGGCCGAGGUGGUCACCUUUUCGA